AUGACUCAACCGUCCACGCAACCUCAGCUUACUCCACAGUUUUGCUUUUCAUAUGGAACUUUACGAGACUUUCUUCGGCUCUCAAGAUCGUCAAUCGAUGACUCAAUAACCCAGAACCUCAAUGCGCUGGUGACGCCGUCAAGAUCCGGCUUCGAUCCUACUUCGACGUCGCAACGUACUCCAAGAUCAGCUCCAAGACAGAUCGAUCCUCAAACAUGCUCCGAGUUCAAGGAGAAGGUUCUGUUUCCAUCAUGGGAAGCCAGAACGGAGGUGCUAAAUUAUUGCGCUAUGGUAGCCGCCAGUCCGGACCCCGAUGACCCGGAUCGCACAUUUAGAGAAUUGGAGAAAGAGCAAGAUCGUCACAGAAUAAUCGACGAGCGCUUAGAUCCAUACUCUGGCCGUUUCUUCCCCCGCGAAGCCCGUACCGAACGUCUGGCUUCACUCGUCAGACAAGAGAGGGGCGUGGAGAGUAUCGUGCGACAUAGAACAUGGGAGGUCGUACAGCAACGAUGUGGGGGAGACCCUUUCGAGAGUUGGGAAGACACUGUCAGCAAGUGGAAGAAAGCUGAAAAUUCGAAAAUUGUAUGA